GCGUCGGAUCUCAGGAGGAUUGUGGGUAGACAGCGGAAGUAAGAUGGCGGGGUUGUCCGAAAAAGUGUUUUCUCUCUGAUGGACGAGGACAAAGAAGGUUGAUUUCAUCCUGAAGUGGGACUCAGACAGCAGCAUGGCAGAUGAGAAUGAGAAACCUGCUGUUGCUCCUCUGGUGUUUGUUUUCCAGAAAGAUACAGCACAAAAGAGGUCAGCAGAGGGAUCCAGUACAGAGGAUGAAGAGGACUCUGAUAAAGAAGAUGGCAUUUCCUGCCCUGCUGCCAAGAGAGGAAGAACAUCACCUUUAACACAGUUUCCACCGGCUUACUCUGUUUCUAAGAAUAAUGUUUUCAUGACAUCCAGUUUCUGUCAGUCACCAACUGCAAACUCAGACUCGGAACCUGAGGAGAAGACGGUGGGGUUUCGUCUGAAGCCCCCGACUUUGAUCCAUGGCCAGGCUCCAAGUGCUGGUGUCCCGAGCCCUAAACCCAAAGAAGCUCAGCGCAGCAUCCUGCGACCUUCAGUGCUGCAGGCCCCACUGACUCUCCCUCAGAGUGACACAAGCAACAGCAGAUCAAAUGGAUUGAAAAACACCUCAGGAGCAGAAUGGGACAGUAACUCCGAGGACUUGCCUGCUGGAUCAGAGGAUAAUGAUGUGUUAUUGGUGAAGAAAUGCAGAAAAACCUGUGAUGAACCCAAAGAACAUGGUGCACCAAUUGAGGCCACAUUUGUAUUUGGACAGAAUAUGAAGGACAGAGCAAAGGUGGGUAAACCUUGUGACUCGACUGAGAGUGAAAAUGCAGAAAAUUCAGAGGAAACAAAUUACUUCUUACAGUACAUCAGUUCCAGCGAACAGAAAGCUGACAACAGCAAUGCCAACAGUGCGAAGUUUGUGUUUGGACAGAACAUGUCAGAACGUGUCUUGGCACUGCCGAAAUGUAGUACUGAACCAGCCGGCGACAGCUGCGAUUCACAGCCAGAGAUCGGCUUGUUCAGCCAGCUUUCCUCCUCACAAGAUCACAACCUGGAGAAGAGUGACAGCACAAAAGAAUCUCUGGAGGAGUCUGCGGCACGACAUGAAGCGCACAAAACCCAGAAGUGUUUAUUAGAACAAGUGGAGGUCAGGACAGGAGAGGAGUCUGAGAGCAAUGUGCUACAGAUGCAGUGCAAGUUGUUUGUGUUUGAUAUGGUCUCCCAGUCAUGGGUGGAGAGAGGAUGUGGAGUGCUAAGGCUGAAUGAUAUGGCAUCUGGUGAUGACGGCACCUUACAGUCCAGACUGGUCAUGAGGACUCAGGGAAGUCUUCGAGUGAUCCUCAACACAAAACUUUGGCCUCAGAUGCAGGUGGAUAAAGCCAGUGAGAAGAGUCUCAGAAUAACAGCUAUGGACACAGAGGAGCAGGGGGUCAAAGUCUUCCACAUUUCUUCCAGCUCUAAGGAUGCUGCCCAGUUGUUUGCAGCCCUGCAUCAUCGUAUCCUGGCACUGCGGAACAUCGGUGUGCAGGAGUCUGACACCCCGCCAGCUCUUCCUUGGGGAGAGAUCAUCCACUUCAGCGAUGAUGACGAGUCCCGCACACCUCCUGCAGUAGUUACACUUGCAUCAGGUAAUCCAGAGGCAGGUGUGUAUCCAUCCACAGGGGACACAUAGUGCUGAACCUGCUGCUGAUAUCAAGCUCACAAUGCCUCACUGCAGUCCUCUAAUUACUAUGCAGAUGUUUCUCUCUAAACUCAGUCCUUGGGUAUACUGUAGUCAUGUGCUUUUUAGUUUAUACAUUUUAUUUAUUUUAAGAACUGGACACGUAACACUCUCAACGUCAUCAUAUUGAUGAGAACAAGAGGCUCUUAGUUUUAGUUCAAGUGAACAGUUAUCAUUCGAAAUGCGAGCAGUCUAUGUGAGGUUUGAUUAUUCAUGAAAAAAAUAUGGAUGUGUAUUUAUCCAUCUAAUCUUUCAUCAAUGUUCUGUUCAGUUCCACCUGCACCGUUAAAAUCCUUCCUUACACCUCAUCAAGCUAAAGCUGCACUGCAUUAGAUCUUACACAUAAUAUCUCAGAACUACUUCGUAUAAAUCAUAAGAUCCGUAAGUCACGUUUAUAUUACUCUGUAGCUUACUUGUGUGGCACUGUAGAAUAGUACGAAUUUAAACGUAUAUCAUACACAUGAAACUGCUCUUUCCUUGAGCUCUAUAAAUAGUUCUGAAACAGAAACCUUCACAAUGCAGCUCUAAAUUGAGGUAGAACUCAUUUAGUUCACAUUUGUUCAGUCUCUUUAACUUCCGCUGCACGUCUGAUAUUUUUGCGCUUGUACCUCUAACUUGGACUCUUAGUGUAAAUGGUGAUUAUUUGAGCAGUGAACCUCAUGUGAAGGCCUCAUCUCUAGACAAAAGGAACAGUUGUACAAUGUUGUAAGCUUACAGUACUGUGAAUUAUCGUCCACUCUUGAAACACGGUAAAUGCAAUAGUACCUUUUCUCACACACAAUAUUUUUAUUAACAUUGUUCUGUAUAUCAGAGUUAUUAUUGUACAUAGUUUAGGAUACAAGCUUUUAUAGCAAAAUGUCUUAUUAUAGACAUUUAUUCUUAUCGUAAAAAAAAUAGCUUCCAUAUUGUGUUACUAUUUUAGUACUAUGUUUGCAUUACAGGUUUGUUUGUGUGGUGGACAUGUGGUUUUUUAAUCCAGGAGCUUUUGUCAUUAGAUCAGCAAAAUGUAGACUCUAUGCUUGUUUCUCACUGUAUUGACAGGAAUUUUGUGAACAACAUUACAGAUUUUUAGGUUGAGCAAUAUUUUCUGGAAAAGAGCUGAAUCACAGUUGUGAUUAUGCAGUUUUACAAUUGGUCUAUUAGGAUAAAUCUCAUAUUUCACCCCAAAAUGAAAUUAUUAUUUUUUUUAAGUUUUAUUAGUGUUACUUUAAUUAUUUGAAAGGAAAUAAUAUGUAAAUCAGCCUAUUUUUGUUCAAAGAUUCUUUUAAAAAUUCACAAUUUCGUGAUUAUUAACAUACACAAUUUCUUUGUGAGAAUCACCCAUUAUACUGUUUCAAGAUUUCUCGGAAGAAACUAAACCAAGUUCAUCUUCAUUUAUUGAAGGAAUCAGACAUCACUCGUGAGGCACAUUACUGCCAAACAACUAACACAUUUAAAAACUCUGUGACUCGCGCAAUGAAGUCAAAAAAGGGCUUUCCCCCACUGACUAUGAAUGCUGCUGUAUAUGCCCAAUACACUGGCAGUGAUUGGUACUCAUUUGUAGCAUAUUUUAAUAAUACAAAAUGUGACAUUGGAAAACAAUGCUUUGUAGAUGGUUAGCUUUGUGCGACUGUUUCUAUUCAUGCAACCGGAAAUGUGUUUAAAGCAGAUGAAUACUCAAUGUAGAUUGAGGGAUACUUUGUAAAGCUGAAGAGCAGGAUGUGCAGCAUCUGACCAUGUGAAAAAGACUAAAGAAGAAAGAGUUGAAAUGAAUAUGCUUCAGUCACGUGUAGCUGUUUUUCACCUAAAUGUGUUCAAACCAGUGGAACAGGUUACCUUAGUAGUUUUAUAGUUGUAUACUCUCUAAAAAACUGUUCAUGUGAAAACAUAUAUUUUAAUUAAAAUAUUGUAAAAUAAAUAAAAUUAGAGAUAUAUGUAGAUAUGCUAAUAGAUUUGUCACAGAUUUAGCAAGGAGCUCAUAAACAAAAUAAUAUUUCUAUUCCAUUUUCCAUUGAUUUUAGUGUUUUGUUUUAUUUUUUAAACCAACAACAGCACCUAAUUAUUGUUGUUUUGUGGGUCACAUUUUUGAGGGCCACUUUAUGCCCAUAAAGGGUUUCUAUAGUUAGAUGUUUCCCAUCAGUAUGAAAGCAUGUAAACUAGCAGGGCUAAAGGUUUACAAAAUGGAUGUUUGCUUAGUAAGAGUUGAUUGCUGUAAAUGUUUACAUUCAGUGUGUUGCAGCACGUGUACUGUAGGGGACACUCCUGGUCUUUUUUUUUUUUGGGUUGUUUGUAUAGACCUCAGAGAGACUGUGAACACAUCGGUGCUAUUUCUGGUCCAAACCCACUCAAUUGCACUAGUCUUGUGGUUUUAAUAUACAAUUUCAUUCUGAUGGAAGUGUUUUAGAGAUGAUUCAGAAGGGCUAGGCUGCUAUUGGACUCAAGCAUCUGUUGACUUCACUUGGAUAAUUACUGUUUUUUUUUUUUUUUCUAAUCAUAAUUUGGAAAAGUUUAAUGAUUGUAAAAUGUUGUUACCAGUGUGGUUUUCCAUGAACCAUGUGGCAAGUUUAACCAUUGUAAAACCAAAACCUGGAAUAUGCACAUAAUCUUGUACGUUUCUCCCCAACUUUACCUAUCCAGCAUCUCAGUUGUAUUUAGUUUUGAAGGAUCUCUCUCCGAAGUCUAUACUGUGUUUAUGUUUGCAGAUACAAAUGGUUUAAACACUUCUUACUAUUCCACCCCUCACAUACUGUAUAAUGGUUUUACACUGAAACCUGUUGCUGCUUUUAAAAGUCAAAUUCUCCUGCCACGUGAAAGCCUACAUAGCCUUUGCAUUUAAAUCAUACUGUUUCAUAAAGUUUCCUUUCGCAUUUGUC